AUGAGAGCAUCAUCAGCAUCAGCUGCUGUUCGAAUUCUUCCGACAAAUAAAGUCUAUCGACAAUUAUUUGAUGCACAAGUACAACUAAGUGAAGCUUACAAUCGAGUACAUGAUAAUCAACUCUCCGAACCUGUUAAUAUUGUGACACAUCCUGAUGCAACACCAUUAGUAAAAAAUAUCAGACCUCAUGAAUCUCAAAAACGACAAUGGCUUUCUGGGUUGCCUUAUACAAAUGAUCCUUCAAUUAAUCCAGUAACUAUUUUUUUUCAUGAUGAGCAAAAGCGUCGUCAAACCGAAGAAGAGCAAGAACUUGAAGAAAUAAAACAAGAAGUUUUCAAUUUACCUGAUAAUGUUAAUAAUUAUGGUUCGACUGAUAGUGACGGUAAUGCAAGAACAAAUGUGACAGAGAGAUUAGCCAUUAAUCGACAGAAGAAAUUCAAUCAAGUAUGGAGCGAAUUUAUCGAGAAGAUCGCUGAACUCAAUCAAAAUUUAGUCAAAGACUUAGAAGAGAUCACUCGAGAAUGUAACUCAUAUUACGAACAAGGUGAUAAAGAACUUGAAAAACAACUACAGACAAUGAUUUACCAAAAAGAAAUAUCUGCAUUAACGCACAUAUCGUUUGAUCAGGUAUUUGAGUUCCUUGAUCAAUAUCUUCCAGUACGUCAUGCCAAAAUUCAAGAUUAUUGCCAAUCCAUCGAGGAACUUGAAAUGGAACGAACACAAAAGAUUCGUGAAUUGUUUAAAACUUAUUCCGAGCGUCUAUACCAUACCCAUCAUCUGUCCGAUAUAGAAACAGCCGCUCAGUUAGAGCAACAAGCUAAUAAACUAAAUUCGCAAAUGAUUGAAAAUCGAAAACUGUAUGCUGAAUUAGAAGCGAGAUUGCUGUCUGGUGAAACAGAUCGAGUUCAUCAUUAUCGCGAUCAACUUGUUGAUCAACACAACAAAUGGAAAGAAGACAUGUGGAUUAUUAACAAGCAAACCUGGAUUGCACGAUUAUCACAAUGUAAAGUCAAACUAGAUGCAGCAAUUCUAACGUCAUGCGAACCGAUUGGACGAAAGCUUGCUGAACAAACACGGCGAUUUGUUGAACAUGUUAACUCACUAAAUUCGUUCGUUCCACCGAAAUCAACGAAAGACAAUAUUCAACUAUGGUAUAAGCAAGGUUAUGAAAUAAUGGAUGCGAUCGUAGACGAAAGAAAAACGCUUAUCAAUCAAGUCAAACGAACAGUUCUAAAUGAAGUUGACUUUCUCGAAAAACAAUGGAAAAUAAUUGAAGAAAAAGUUCGUCAAAAUCAAAUCUAUGACAAUGAACAACUGCAAAUGGUUUUCGAACGAGAUAUUGAACCAAUCCUGGACGAACGCAAACAGUUCUUACAGGAAUCGAUCAUUGAUCAGGCGGAAAUAGAAUACGAACGAUUAACGAAUCGAAUGUACAAUAUUCUUGAUCGUCUCUUAGCUUUCAUUCAACCGCUUGCUGAACAAUGGGAUAAUCAUCAGAUUCGACUGGAAGAUGUUACAGCACAAUUAGUUGAUCUAAUGCGUGAAUGUCGUCGACCGCAUGAUCUUCAAAAUGAAAAAAAGCUAACUAAACUUGAUUCUACUCUGGAUGAAAUGCGUAGUGCAUCGAAUGAAGCGGUUCUUAAUCGAUUAUUAAAAACCGCAUACGAUCAGCUCGAUUCGAUCAAAACAAGUUUUACGCAAUUCUAUCAAACGGAACAUGUAAUUGUGGAUAAAUAUUCUGAGAUGAUCGCUGGAGAGGUGAAACAGUACAAAAAUGAAAUGUUAGACUAUUUUCAUGCACGCGAGAUUCAAACGAAUGAUGAUGAAAGUUUGACAUUACCGAAUGCGAAUCCUCGAUUAUACACAACGUCGAUUGCGCGAACAACAUAUGAAAUCGAUGAUUUGAGUAACGACAAUAGCGAAAAUCUAUCGGAGAAUCAAUCUGGAGAACAGAUAUUUCUUACUGAAGAUCAAACGACAACAGAUGCGGUUCCGUUUAUUAGAUCAUUUCGAAUCCCAUCGAAUCUUGUUCAGUCGAUUAUGUUCAAUUUAUGUCGAGCUUUUCUCGAUUAUUACGAUCAAUGGCAAGAAGAAACGACCCGACGAGCCGAUGCGGUUAUGUAUUCAAAACAUGACGAACUCGAUAAAGAACUGGAUUUUCAAAUGCAUUUGCAUGAACCGAGACGAAUGCGCAUUGAAAACGAUGUUCACAAUAUCCGAGCAGCUGAACUCACCUCACAUGACGAACGUAUUGAACGUCACAUUCGCGGUGUUGAUGAAACCUUAGAACGAACAGAUACAAACUAUCGUCUAAUGUUAAACGAUUUCUCCAAAUCGAUCAACACUUAUAAAGAUGACAUCAAUAGUUUAGAACAGUUGUUCAUUAGUGCAACCACUACAACACGCCUGGUGUCAUUGCAAGAGCGUUUAGCAAAAAAACGUGAUGGGUUUAUGGAUAACGUUCGAACAACAUUGCGAAGUUUCCGUAAACAAUUUGACGAAGCAAUGGAGAUAUUACGACAAGCGAAUGCGAAUUUUCGUCAAUCAUUUAUAAUAUUUUCCGAGGGUGGUAAUUACAGUCGGGAGGAAAUCGAAAUCUACCGUCGAAAACUUGAGAAGACCUCCGGACAGAUUGAUAAAGGCGAAACAGCGAUCUUGAAAGAAAUGGAAAAAUUAGAAAAGAAACAAUUAGAAGAAGCAACAAAGAUCAUUACACAAUUUCAAGAACGUUUCAAAAAUCAUAUGGUCGAUCUUCAAUUUAUUGAACUUGCGAAUCGAUGGAUCAGUGAGACUCAAGUGAAAAUCAAAGCUGAAGUAGGUACAAAUAACCAAGGAGCGAAAACAUUCAAAGAUUUAAUUAUAUCUUAUCGAAAUCAAAUUGAUUCAAUGUUGAAUCCGAAUGUCGAUAAACAAACAACGACAUUGAAUAAAAUACGAGAGAUUUUUCAAGAGAUCAUUUUGAAUAGUUACGAAAGAGCAUUUUAUUUGAAAUGUUUAAAUAACGAAUUGCUCAUCCCAGCGUCCGUGGUUACGGUAUUACGAAACAAAGGCGUGCUUACCGAAGAAAAAUUGGUCAAUGAUUUGAUGAAUGCUGCUGCGACUAACGAUGAAUUGAACACAUCGCGAAGAUCGUCGAAGAUGAGUGUUGAUGAAGUGAAAACGGUAAAAUUCGCUGCACCAGCACGAACAUCAACUCGAACUAAAGGAGGAACGAAUACUGCAGCUUGUUUAACAAGUGGACAACCAGAGGAAAUGAAUACGAUUUCAACAAUACGGACUCUUCUUCAUAAAAGUGAACAACCUGAAUCAGAUGAAAUCGUUGAAUCGGAUGCACCUGCUACUUUAGUGUCCAACACUCGUUCGACGAUAUCUCGUUCAUCAUCGCGUUCAUCACAAGGAAAACUGGCAAAUGCAAAACUAAAGAAUACUAAACGUGCAUCUGUUGAUAGUUCAGUAACUUCAACUACAAAACGUCAACCAUCUGGUCGAACCAAAACACGGGAUGAAAUUUAUGCAUUGUAUUGUACAUUCGGAGAAAAGAAACAUUCCAAUCAUGAUUUCAUUUCGAACAUCUUGAAUAUUCUCCGAGAAUCCAAUGAGGGCUUACUUACUCAUGCGGAAUUGUACUAUAGAGAGAAAGGUCCACGUCCAGUCACUCGUCCUCAGGCUCUGCGCGAAAGAUUCGAUGAAUAUGCGAAUACAAUGAUUGAUAAAUUAAAAGGUUACGAGGAGCAAUGUCGAACAUAUCACGAACAAUCAAUUAAUGAAUUUCGUGAAAUGCUGGAGUUAUUCGAACGGACAUCAUCGUUACUAGCUAAACUUGAACUCGAUGAACAAACCAAACAGGCGGAAAAUGUUCUCACUGGAACCAAGCGCAAGUUUGAUAUAAUCUGCGACGAGAAUUGUCAACAAAGUGAAAAAGAUAAAGCAAAGAAUUUCGAGCAACUUCGUCCAACACUUGGCCAUCCAGCACGAAAGAAUGAAUUACAAGAAAUCGAUAAUCAUGAAAAACAACGCGAAAAUGAACUUCAACAGCUAAUCAGUGACCUGCGCUCGAAAACGAUUAAAAGUAUUCAAACGGAUGCACAGACGACUAUUCAUACUUUAGCAACAAAUGCAGAACGGUUGUUGAUUAUGUUCGACGAUAUUUUAACUGCCGAUGAGAUUAUUAAAACAAAAUUGCCGGAACCGAAACAGCCGUUGAGCGAAUUAUUACGACGGCAACAAUCGGGAAGACCAUUGGAGAAUAGAGAACCGAAGCAAAUACUGGAGCGAAAGCAGGGCCAUUGGCCAGGUGUACCUUUACUUGACGAUCAAUUCAAUCGACCCACAGCAAUAGCAAAGAAACGUUCAACAGGAGCGAGUCAACGACAAAAGACAUCAGCUUCUAUUGUCACACAAAAGACAACUCUACCUCAGAUCGAAACCAUCACACAACGUGAUCUUGCCUAUCAGCGAUUCAAAGCGCUUUUGUUACAAACAACAUCUGACAUUGAAAAGCGUUGUUCUUUGAUAUUGAGUGAACUUGACCGAUACCGAGCACAUUGGGCUGCAUCCAUUGAAAAAUUACAACAACUACGAACAUGUUAA